AUGUCAAAAGUAUUUUCAGCUAUACAGCCUACAGGGUUUUUACACAUAGGAAACUACCUUGGAGCACUAAAGGAAUUUUCCAAGUUACAAGAAAAAUACAGUGAAUGUUUUUACUGUGUAGCUGACUUACAUGCCAUAACCAUCAACCAGUGUCCAAAAAAAUUACAAGAAAGCAUAUUAUUUACUCUUGCAUCAUAUUUAGCGAGUGGAGUAGACCCAGAAAAAUCAACUUUAUUUAUUCAAAGCCAUGUACCAGAACAUUUAGAGCUAAGCUGGAUUUUAACCUGCAAUACCCCACUUGGAUGGCUAAACCGUAUGACACAAUUUAAAGACAAGUCAUGUGAAGAAAAUACUAUGACAGGAUUACUUAUUUAUCCUUGUUUAAUGGCUGCUGACAUUCUAAUAUAUAAAUCCAAUUUUGUUCCUGUAGGAAAUGAUCAAACCCAGCAUCUUGAAAUAACUUGUGACAUAGCAAAAAAAUUUAAUCAUGACUUCAAUUGCAAUUUCUUGACAAUACCAGAAAAAAUAACCACAAAACAUAGCAAUAGAAUUAUGUCUUUGAGGGAUGCAAGCAAGAAAAUGUCCAAAUCGGAAAUAUCUGAGUAUUCACGUAUUAAUUUAGUAGAUUCUGCUGAAGAAAUUUCGAACAAAAUCAAGAAAGCCAAAACAGAUGAAUUUACCUUUCCAGAAACAAUAGAGAAUGCUGAAAAUAGACCUGAAAUAAACAAUUUAAUAAACAUAUAUUCAUCAUUUAUUGAUCAAGACAAAAAUCUCUACUGA